AUGACCGAGGCAGAAUACCCCUACGACACGAGGCUGGUGAGCGAGUUGCUCCGGGACAAACGCCGGACCCGCAGCAUCCGCUCGUGCUUCCCCUGCCGCCACCGCAAGGUCCGGUGCAACGGUCAGACGCCCUGCAGCAGCUGCGUCAAGCGCAGCCACCCGGAGCUCUGCCGCAUGCCGACUACCUCUGCACCUGCACGAUCAGCCAUCAGAGAACCAGAGGGCCAAAGUAGUCCGAGACCCUCCGAGCCCGAGCCGGGAGUUGUACCCGCCGCGUGGCAUCCGGCGGCGGCCAUUGCGCGGCUGGAAGCUAUCGAGCGGCAGAUCGGGGAGCUGAAAGCAAGCUUUCAGCACAUUGCAGCCACAGGGUCCGAGUCGUAUCCGGGUUCGUCGUCGUCACCGCUCGUAGUUGAGACAUCAAGUCCGGCUGAAUCGGAAAGCCGGCCCCGGAAAGCUCCAGGACAACAAGUCGUCGAGGAGGCCACCGGCGCCACGAUCUUUCUGGGACGACAUGCGGACUUUCCUCGGGUAUUGGGGUGUCGGGAGCCGCAGAUGGCUCAGGAGCAGCUGCUGCAGGAUGCGAUGAUGGAUGACGGGGGCGUGCCCCGCGCGUAUCCGUUCACGGGGCUCUGGGGACUACAGGCGACCACCCGAGAUGUCUGCGAGACGUUGCCGGAUGAUGAGGAUAUUCUUCGGUACUGGCAAACGUACCAGACCACCGCGUACCCAUUUUACCCGGUUCUGGUGUCGAUCGACGAAUUCGGGGCGGCCCUGAUGGACUUCCUGCAGCAACGCACACGGCUUGACCCCUCGGACAAAGCCAAGCCGGAUGAGGAGCCGGGGUCUUCCUGGCUGGCACUGCUGUUUGCUGUGCUAGCGUGCGCGGUGCAGUUCGCCGACGAUCCCAUUCAAGAACGCGAUCUACGUUCUAGAGUCUUCUUGUGCUCAUCCUUCCAUUGCCUGCGUCUGUCCAAUUUCUUCAGCCAGACCAACCUGGAGCAGAUCCAGGCCAUGGCGCUGAUCGGGCAUUGUCUACGCAAUAACCUUGACACCAACAGCGCCUGGAUCCUGAUGGGACUAACGAAAGCAGGCGCAACCAUGCGCCUCGCGCAAAGCAUUGGCUUACACGACGUCCCAGUUUCUGUUCCACCUGCCGAAAGACCGCGAUGGAGUAGACUAUGGUGGACCCUAAUCCAACAAGACUGUUUCCUCUCCUUCACCUACGACCGCCCGCCCAGCGCCCUCCCAGCCACCAGGACCACAACCCCACUCCCGUGCCUCAACCACCAAGCCCCCAAGCAAGGCGGCCUAACCUUCCAAUCCAGCAGCCUCCGCAUCUGCCAACUGGUCCUCAACCAACAACCCGUAACAACACCCGCGCAAGCCCUAACCGCCAAGGACCAAUUCCUCGCGCUCCAAAAUUCCGCCGCCCGUUUCCUCACCGACAAACAACACUGCACCAGCCUCCAGCAACACCUCGAGCGCCUCGCUUUUCAGAUCCACCUCGGCUACGUCAUCUGCCGCAUGUACCGGCUCCAUCUGGACCUGUCCGCAGCCCACGAUCCAGCGAUUGUGAAAGAGUGCACGGCGACGGCCGCGCGGGUCGUCGCCGCGUUUCUGGAUCUGUAUCGGUUGUCGAAGGCGGUGUGUCGGUCGUGGGCGUUUGUGCAUAAUGCGGUGAGUUGUGCGGUCACGCUACGGGGGUUGGGGGUGCAUCGGGGUCAAGCUGAAGUGGAUGGAGAGUCGGAGGCAGCGGACGAUUUGGUGCAGCGGCUCGUGGGGAUGUUGCAGCUGGAGGCAAGAGGGUCGGAGUGGUGCGAUGAGGAUACGAAUCGGAGGCAUUUCGGGCCGUAUUCGCGGGCGUUGAGGGCUUUGUUGGAGGUUGAGGGGGGGCGGGAGGGAGAUAGGGGAGAGAGGAUGGGAUUUGAGUGA